GGCCACCAAUCUCAAAGCUUGUGUUGACAUCAAUAUUCCAUCAUGCACAUGGCCUUACGGACGGUCGUAGCCAGAGUUAUGAGGGCUACAAGGGCAAAGAGUCAUGCGUGCCUUGACGACGACCGCCAUGCAGCCGAAAUCGGACCACUUUCCAAAGCCGGCUUGAGGUGCAGCGUAAGACAUCCUACGAAUGUACCCACCUCCUGGCCGGUUUUCCGCACAAUUAUGACCUGAUGUUAUUGCGGAAUGAUACGAUGGGUACGCUCAUAAAGGUGGAUGACGGUGAACAUGGUCUCCUCAUCGCUCACCCUCCCUCGCCCACUCCUACAUCUCUCAUCCCACCCUUCCUCUCCCCUCCAACGCCAUGCCCGCCGAGACCGCUUCCAAAGCUAUGAUCGUCCCUGAGAAGGAUGGCCGCGUGGGCCAGCGCAUCGAGAACUACACCAAGUUCUGGCAGAAGGACAUGAACAAGGACGGCGAAGUUGACAAGGACAACCGCGUCGACAGCUACACGGACGUCGUGAAUGGCUACUACGACGGCGCGACUGAACUUUACGAGUACGGCUGGGGCACCUCCUUCCACUUCUCGCGCUUUUACAAGGGCGAGAGCUUCGCAGCAUCGCUCGCACGGCACGAGCACUACCUCGCCGCUCAGAUGAACCUGAAGCCGGGCAUGCGCGUCUUGGACGUUGGCUGUGGUGUCGGCGGCCCCGCACGGCAGAUCGCACGCUUCGCGGAUGUGCAGAUCAUCGGCUUGAACAACAAUGACUUCCAGAUCGCUCGCGCGCGCAAGUACACGAAGGAGGCCGGUCUGGAGGGCAAGGUUUCCUUCGUCAAGGGCGACUUCAUGCGUCUAGAAGAGCAGUUCGGCAAGAACUACUUCGAUGCAGUCUACGCCAUCGAAGCGACCGUCCACGCUCCCAGCUUCGAAGGCGUCUACGGCGAGAUCUUCAAGGUCCUCAAGCCCGGCGGCACCUUCGGCGUCUACGAGUGGCUCAUGACCGACCGCUGGGACCCCGCCGACCCCGCGCACCACAAGCUCCAGCGCGAGAUCGAGUUCGGCAACGGCAUCCCCGAGAUGCGGCCCAUCGCCGCCGCGCGCGACGCCGUCAAGGCCGUCGGGUUCGCGCUUCAGCACGAGGAGGAUCUCGCGGAGCGCGACGACCCGGUGCCGUGGUAUUACCCGCUGGAGGGGAACAUCAGCAACGCGCAGACGGCGUGGGACUACUUCACGGUGUGGCGUAUGAGCUGGAGCGGGAUGCUGGUGACGCACAAUGUAAUGCGUGUGCUCGAGCUGGUGGGGAUGGUGCCGAAGGGGACGCAUGAUGUGGGCGAGGCGUUGCGGGUGGCGGCGCAGUGCCUCGUGGAGGGUGGGCAGAAGAAGCUCUUCACUCCGAUGUACCUUAUGGUUAGCAGGAAACCAGAGCCUCGGACGGAGUUCUAGAUGGCGUUUUCUCUCAUAUCCUUAGACUACCCGCAGCGCAUCGGACAUUUGACCUACCCAUCGUAAUAUACCCACCACAAUAAACUGGUACUUAGAUCGCAGCAACGUUGGAUGCGAGUGAACGUC